GGUGAGCUUGUAUCAAACAGAGGAAACAGCAUAGACUCCUCAACAUGGCCGUGGCAGUCGGAAUCCUUUUCUGGCUUCUUUGUGGAGCCGUAUCAGCAGCGCUGGACUUCAAGUGGAACCCUAAGCCUGCUGCUGGCAGGUUUGGACAUCAGAGACCGGUCCAGGGCCAUACAGCAGUCCAGGAGAAGCAGUCUUUACAUGCACCAUUGUCUUGGAGGUAUCCGGAGCCACCGGCUGAGGAGCCUCAGUUCCCUCCAGAGUUUCAGCCAAAGGCUCCGUCGGCGGCCGACAGUAUCAGCGCAGUCUGCGGGGAGCGCUCCGUCUGGGUGCAGGCAAAGAGAGACCUGCUGGGGAUGGGUAAACCUGUCCUGGCUGCGGACGUCACGCUGGGAGGAUGUCCUGCCGCUUGGGAAGAUCCUGAAGAGCAGGUCCUGAUCUUCGAGUCAGAGCUGCACGGAUGUGGCAGCCAGCUGAAGAUGUCUGAGGACUCGUUCAUCUACACCUUCACGCUGCUCUACUCUCCCAGUCCUUUGGGGGACAGUCAAAUCAUCCGAGCCAGAGACGUCGCAGUCAACAUUCAAUGUCUCUACCAGAGGAAGCAUGAUGUGAGCAGCUCGCUGUUGCAGCCGACGUUGAGUCCCUUCAGUGUCGCCAAAGGCUCGGAGGAAAAUCUCUACUUCUCCAUCAAACUCUUAACUGAUGAUUGGCAGUACGCUCGUCCGUCCGCUGUGUUCUUGAUGGGAGACAUGAUGAGGUUUGAAGUGUCGGUCAAACAGUUUCAUCACGUCCCCCUCAGAGUGACGGUGGACAGCUGCGUGGCCACAGUGGUCGCGAAUAGCGACACAGUCCCUAGAUACGUCUUCCUGGGAAACAACGGGUGUCUUUUUGACAGUCAGCUGACAGGCUCCAGCUCUCGGUUCCUGCCUCGGACCCAAAACGACAAACUGCAGUUUCAGGUGGAGGCGUUCAGGUUCCAGCAGGACGACAAUGGCGUGAUCUACAUCACCUGCAGUGUGAAAGCCACCGCAGCUGCUGGAGCUGUUGAUGCCACAACCAAGGCCUGUUCAUUCGCCAACAGGUGGAGGGAGGCCAGUGGCAGCCAUCAAGUCUGUAGCUGCUGUGACUCAGACUGUGCAACAGGGCGCCACGAGACUGGAACAGGAGCUCAGUGGGAACAGGAAACAGCUGUUGGACCAAUCACAGUGAAGGAGAGACCUCUACAGUGAAGAGAAAAUAACUUUUAAUGUGAUUAAAGCUCUUAAUACUGUGA